AUGUUUCAUCUUCUUUUUCUUUUUACUUUAUUUCUACAUGUACAAAGUGUUCCUCAGAAUAGCUCAAUUGUUGAAUAUCUUCCUGGUUUUGAUGGCCCUCUUCCUUUUUAUCUCCAGACUGGAUACAUCGGAGUUGGCAAAUCGGAAGAAGUGCAACUAUUUUAUUACUUUGUUAAAUCAGAAUCCGACCCGAGUCAAGAUCCGCUCUUGCUAUGGCUAACCGGAGGGCCCGGUUGCUCAUCCUUCUCGGGGUUAGCAUACGAAGUAGGUCCAUUGGAGUUUGGCCAAAAGGCAUACAAUGGAAGCCUACCAAUUCUUGUUUCAAGUCCAUAUUCAUGGACUAAGUUUGCGAGCAUAUUGUUUUUGGAGCAACCUGUUAAUACUGGGUUCUCGUAUGCAACAACUUCCGCAUACGAGUGUACUGAUCUACAAGCAUGUGAUCACGUCUAUGAAUUUCUAAGAAAGUGGUUUGUUAAUCAUCCAGAAUUCAUUUCGAACCCUUUCUAUGUUUCUGGAGACUCAUAUUCAGGCAUUACAAUUCCAGUUAUUAUUCAACUAAUAUCAAAUGGAAUUGAAGCAGGCAAAGAGCCAUUAAUCAAUCUUAAGGGCUAUUCACUUGGAAAUCCAAUAACAUUUUUUGAGGAAUCCAAUUACCAAAUUCCUUACUCUCAUGGUAUGGGGCUAAUAUCCGACGAACUUUAUGAGUCGUUGAACGAAUUUUGCAAAGGCGAUUACAUAAACAUAGACCCUACCAACAAACAAUGUGUUGAAAACUUUAAAAUGUUCGAGAAUCUUGUGAGUGGUAUAAAUGUUGCGCAUAUACUAGAGCCUGAAUGUGGAACAGACACUGAUUUCCACCCACCCCAAUCGUCUAAUGAAAGAAGGUCUCUUGAAGAGGAUUUCAUCUGUCAAGAAAGUCGUAUCGCCACAAACAAGCUCGCCACUUAUUGGGCAAAUGACCCGAGAGUUCAAGAAGCUCUCCAUGUUAGAAAGGAUACUAUAAGAAGACCAUGGACGAGAUGUAAGCAAACUAUUGCGUAUACAAGUUACAAAGUUACUUUCAAGAAUAGUAUACCUUACCAUGUAAAUCUUAGUUCAAAAGGUUAUCGAUCACUUAUAUACAGCGGUGAUCAUGACAUGGUUGUUCCUUUCCAAUCGACACAAGCAUGGAUAAAGUAUCUAAAUUAUUCAAUUAUUGGUGAGUGGCGUCCAUGGAUGGUUGAUGGACAAGUUGGAGGUUACACAAAGUCUUACUCGAAUCAUAUGACAUACGCAACAAUAAAGGGAGGAGGGCACACAGCUCCAGAGUACAAGCGUGAAGAGAGCUUUCAUAUGUUUAAAAGAUGGAUAGCACAACAACCUUUGUAA